UCAAGUAUCAGCACAAAAUAAAUGAAAACAAAUCCGAAAAAAAUAUGAAGGCAUUUAUUUUGUAGAAAUAAAUCUCUUUGAAUUUCUAAUUUUUAUACGAAUAACAACGAAAAAUAUGUCCGGAACUCAGCGCUCGUUUGCGCAAAAACUAUCAAGGACUCAUGCCUCGGAUGUGCGUAAAAAUGUGGUUAAUUGCCAUAUGCAAACAAAGACCACCGAUUCGAUAAUGUGCUCAUCGACGCUCUCGCUGACUGAACCCGUAGAGCCUUUGGAUUAUGAGGACUUUCUUAACUCACACAUGAGCACCAUAAAUCGAGAUCCCUUGAAAAAUAUAUUGGAUUUUCCCACGGGAGAUGUUGCGGUCAAAACUAUACCCCGUAAAAUUAGAACCAUUGACCACAUAGUGCCAAAAGAGAACAUCGCUGAAUUACCUCAACAUAUACAAGAAUGUGUCAACUGUUAUACGCGACCCUGGAAGGUUGUGGAGUAUGCACAGCGGCAUUAUUCCAGCUCAUGCUGUGCUCGAGAACGCAUAGAUCGCGGCACCAUUAGCCCUUCUGCCUAUCAGCAGGAGUUUGAAAUUGACAAAGAUUUUGCCUCAUUUGAUGAGUCGUCAUUGACGGACCAAAGUACCAGUUGCACUCCCAGUUCUAGACAAUCCAUAGCUAGUUUGUCAUCAGUAAGCUCUUGCACUGAUACCUUGACGCCUCGCGGUUCAUGGGCCAGCUUCGAUCUGAGAAGAUCGGUUAAUGAUCCUUUAAUACCCAAUUUACUUGAUGAUGUACCACCCGAUCACAUUGAUCAAACUAAUGAAAUGAAAAGACUGGUCGACAGACAAGAAGCCUUAUUCUCUCUUUAUCCAGAAGCCGAUCCCGAAGAUACUAUUGAACGCCGCAUAACAGCCGAGUUUCCUAUGGAGCAUAUGGGUCAUCGUGUGUAUGUUAAAUGUUUACAAUUGCGCUUGGAGUUGGAAGUGGAGCCAAUUUUUGCCUCCAUGGCCAUUUAUGAUGCCAAAGAUAAGAAGAAAAUCUCCGAGAAUUUUUACUUUGACAUGAAUUCGGACACCUUGAAGCGCAUGCUUCACUCACACGUUCGCUCUGCCGAUGAAAGUACCCAAAGUAGAACCGCCAUAUUUGAUAUAAGUUACCCCAGUAAUGAUCUCUUUUUGGUCAUACGCCUGGAGAAGGUAUUGCAGGGAGAUAUUAAGGAUUCUGUAGAACCUUAUAUAAAAGAUGAUAAAGACAAAUGUCGUGAAAAGGCAAAACAAAAUGCCUCAGAUUUUUGUGAGCGUCUGGGAAAGUAUAGAAUGCCCUUUGCAUGGACGGGCAUAUACCUUACUAACAUAUUCAAUGGAGAGAAUUUCGAAGGUAAGGAAGGCGAAGGCAAGGAAAGGGACACUGGAGGUUCGUUGGGCUCUGCGGCUAGUUCUAAUAGUUUGGAUCGCAAAUCAUCCACCAGUAGCUUUGAUCAAUUACGCCGCAAGGCUAAUGACAUGAGUGGUACUUUGACUCGUAGAGGUUCUUUGGAACGCAAGGAGAAACGUAGGUCUUGGUCCCCCGAUGAUUUUGCCAAUGUUGUGGAGUCAUUCAGGCCCAUUACGCUAACCAUAACCAGCUUUUUCAAACAAGAAGGAGAUAAAAUGAAAGAUGAAGACCUCUAUAAAUUCCUGAUGGAAUUAAAACGUCCCAGCUCUGCUAUGAAGAAAUACAAAUGCAUACCGGGGUCCAUAAAGCUGGAGAUUUCACCUUGUCCCGAUGACAUUAAGAAUGCUUUGACAACUGAAUUGGCCAAACUAGAUCCUUAUCCUCCAGAUAAAACCCGUCCCAUCAAAGAAAUUUUGGAAUUCCCCACAAUGCCCAUAUACAACCCACAUUACACAUAUCGUAAUCUGUUGUUUGUUUCGCCCAAAGAAUUGAAUUUCUCCUCCAGAGCUGGUUCAGCUCGUAACAUAGCAGUAAGGGUUCAACUAAUGGCAGGAGAGACCCAAAGUGAUGCUCUUAAUGCCAUUUUUGGCAAAUCUUCUUGUCCCGAAUACUCCAAUGAAGCAUAUACCGCAGUCAAUUAUCACAAUAAAUGCCCUGGAUUUUAUGAUGAAAUCAAAAUUGCUCUGCCAGCUCAUCUCAAGGAAAAUCAUCAUUUGCUGUUCACCAUAUAUCAUGUCUCAUGUCAGAAGAAACCCCAAGAUGUGCAGCCUUCUGUUGAGACGCCAGUGGGUUAUACAUGGUUGCCAUUGCUUGAAGAUGGCAAGUUGAAAGUGGGUGAAUUUCAACUGCCCGUGAUGGUGGAAACACCACCCGAAAACUAUUCAUUUAUACCGCCGAAUGUACAUUUACCCGGUACCAAGUGGUUGGAUAAUCAUCGUCCAGUUUUCACCAUUUCUGUGGAGGCAGUUACCUCGGUGCACACUUUAGAUCCCAAUUUGGAUCGCUUCUUUUUAAUGUGUGAAUAUUUGGAUUCACGCAAAAUACCUCCCAGAAUAGGUGAGGGCAAUAUGGAGAGUGAAAUGAAAAAAUGUCUGCUAGAAAUAGCAAAUGCUGAGCGAGAACAAUUGGUGAAGAACUUGCAUUUGGUCUUGGACAAACUCAUCGAACUUUUGGUAACCACAUACAAAAUAGGAGGCCAAACUCUGUCAUUGGGUUCGACGGUCUUCGAGGUGCUCUGUUUGGUUUCAGCCAACCUUGCAAUACUUAAUGAUGAUUUGAUUAUUGAUCAACAUGGACGUCAAUCCUUACUCUCCACUUAUGUUCAAUUUCAAAGUAAAAUACCACAUCCAUUUAGUGGAAAACGAAGGAUUACCUGUAGCCGCAGCAAUGCUGAGGAAAUACAUGCUUCCUCGCCAGAUACCUACAGCAUUUAUGACAAUGUGGUGGCCGGCAGAAGUUUGGAUCGCAAGGAACUUGCUAUGGAAAUGUCGCCCACGUAUAUGGCCGGCAGGGAUGGCCAAAUACGUUUACUGCACGAGGAGUUGGCUUUGCAUUGGGUGGUAGCUAGUGGUCGAGCUGCUGAUCUGGCCAUGAGCAACUCUUGGUUCUUGUUUGAGCUUAUAGUUAAGUCGAUGAUUGAGCAUUUGGAUUUUACCCGCAGUUUGCAUUCACCACGUAAACAAAGAUUCCCCCAUGAAUUUACCGAUGAUAUUUCGACGCUAGUACAUUUGGUCACAACCAAAGUGGUUGGCUAUCAUAGCAAUGAGCCAAAAUUGGCACAAUGUCUUAAUGUCAGUUUAAGUUUCUUCAUCUUUGAUCUCUUCAGUGCCAUGGAUAGAGGUUUUGUGUUUGUUUUAAUCAAAACCUAUUAUAAAGUUUUAAUAUCGAAGAAUGCCUCCAUACCGGAUUUGAUGAAUUAUAAAAUAGACUUUUUGCGUAUUGUGUGCAGUCAUGAACAUUUUGUGGCCCUGAAUUUGCCCUUUGGCACUCCAUAUACCACAAAAUCGGCACCUUGCAGUCCCACACCGAGCACAACUUCCAGCAAUAGUGGCACUUCCUAUGGUUCCAUUGAGAAGGCCGCUUUACAUGCGGACUUGAGCAUUGAAUUCAGACAACAACAUUUUCUAGUCGGCUUGGUGCUUAGCGAUUUGGCAACAGUGUUGGAAGUCACGAAUCCCCAGCUACAUGGAAAAGCUAUACGUUGCAUAAGAAAUUUAAUGACUUCACAUGAUUUGGAUCCCCGCUAUACGGACGUUGAGGCUAGGGCUCGUGUGGCCUCACUGUACUUACCAUUGUUGGGUAUAAUAAUGGAUGCUAUACCACAACUUCAUCAGUAUUUAACGGACUCUAAUGAUCGUCUGCAUAACAUGGGACUCUUAGAUGAUUAUCAAGGACCGCACACCAUGAUUUCCACCACAACCAUAAGUCCUGAGGUGGCCUAUGCCAUAUCUGGAUCUAGGUCCUAUGCAUAUAUGGCGGAUCAAGUCAAAAAUAAAUCUCAAUUAAGCAGUGAGAAUACACGUCAUCUGUUGGUUUGCUUUAUGUGGAUUCUAAAGAAUUUGGAAAAGACAACUCUAUACCGUUGGACUUUGGGUCUCUCACCACAUCGUGUGCAUCAAAUGUUGCAGGUUUUAAACGCUUGCCUGCCAUGCUUCGAAUAUAAAGGUCAAAAACGAUUGCCGGUACUUAAGCGAAAUAAUACUCAGAGUUUUCGUAAAACCACCGAUCUCAAGGACAAAUUGGAGGAAUGCAUACGUGGUACGAAUUCGGCACGCUAUGAUUUAAUAAAUCGACGUAAAGAUCGCAACUCAACAGAAAAAUUGCGUUGGAAAAAAGAUCAAAUGCCUUAUAGGACACAGUUUUAUGACACUGCUGUCAAGGCGGAUCCUGAGAUGGAAUUGAGUCAAUACAUUGAGGGCUCUUUGGCCACAGAGAUGACAUUGGUCAUACUCGAUUGUCUGGAGAUUAUAGUGCAAGUGGCAACACACUCGGAAAUGCAUCAUAAUUUGUUGGGUACCGUUUUAAAAGUUUUGCUGCAUGCCUUGUCUCGCAAUCAAAGCACUUUGGCCUUGAAGAAUCUUUUUGCCUCUCAAAGGUCAUUGAUUUUCAAGUUCCCCAAUCUGUUGUUCGAUGAGGAAACCGAUAUUUGUGCGGAUUUAUGUUUGUUGCUCUUAAAACAUUGUGGUUCCCAGUUGCCGGGCAUAAGAUCGCAAGCAGCAGCCUCUUUGUAUCUACUGAUGAGGCAAAACUUCGAAAUUGGGAAUAAUUUUGCCCGUGUUAAAAUGCAAGUCACCAUGUCCCUCUCUUCAUUGGUUGGCACUAGCUCUUCGUUUAGCGAGCAAUCUCUGAGACGUGCAUUGAAAACCAUUUUGGUAUAUGCCGAAUCGGAUACAGAUUUGCAGGAUACCUCAUUUCCAGAACAGGUGCAAGAUUUACUCUUCAAUCUGCACAUGAUACUCUCGGACACUGUUAAAAUGAAGGAAUACCAGGAGGAUCCCGAAAUGUUAUUGGAUCUUAUGCAUCGCAUUGCCAAAGGCUAUCAAAAUAAUCCUGACUUGCGCUUAACUUGGUUGGAAAAUAUGGCUAAAAAACAUCGCGAGCGUGCCAAUCAUACCGAAGCUGCCAUGUGUUUUGUGCACUCUGCAGCCUUAGUGGCCGAAUAUUUGAGUAUGUUGGAGUCUCAAACCCAUUUGCCAGUAGGCGCUGUAAGUUUCCAAAAAGUUACCCCCAAUGCUUUGCUGGAAUCUGCGGUUUCCGAUGAUGUUCUAAGUCCCGGAGAAGAUGGCAUAUGUUUGGGCAAUCAUUUCACUGAGUCGGGUCUUAAAGCUCUGUUGGAGGAGGCAUCCAAUUCAUUUCAAAUAGCCGGCAUGUAUGAGGCCAUGAAUGAGGUUUACAAAAUUUUAAUACCCACUUGUGAGGCGAAUAGGGAUUUCCAGAAGUUAAGUAAAAUACAUGGUAAACUGCAGGAGGCCUUCAAUAGAAUUGCCCAAUUGCAAGGCAAACGAGUAUUCGGAACCUAUUUUCGGGUGGGAUUUUAUGGCACCAAAUUUGGAGAUUUGGAUCAACAAGAAUUCAUAUAUAAAGAGCCGACUUUAACCAAAUUACCAGAGAUUUUCAGUCGUCUGCAAAAUUUCUAUGCAGAAAGAUUUGGCCCAGAUUCUGUUCAUAUCAUCAAGGACUCCAAUUCGGUGGAUGUUAAUGGCUUGGAUCCGGACAAGGCUUAUAUACAAAUCACUUAUGUGGAACCCUAUUUUGAAAAUUAUGAACUGAGACACAGGGAAACCUAUUUUGAAAGGAACUUCAACAUAAAACGUUUCAUAUUUUCAACACCCUUCACCAAAUCUGGCAAGGCACAUGGUGAUCUACAUGAACAAUGCAAACGUAAAACCAUACUCACCACAGCCAAUCAUUUUCCCUAUGUUAAGACACGCAUACAGGUAAUAAGUCGUCAACAAAUUGUUCUUGAACCCAUUGAAGUGGCCAUUGAGGAUAUACAAAAAAAAACAUUGGAAUUGGCAGCAGCCACCAAUCAGGAACCUGCAGAUCCCAAAAUACUACAAAUGGUGUUGCAGGGAUGCAUAGGCACCACCGUCAAUCAAGGUCCCAUGGAAAUGGCUGCUGUGUUUCUAUCAAAUCUCUCGGAUGGUGUUACAAUACCAACCAAACAUCAAAACAAACUUCGCCUAUGCUUUAGAGAAUUUUCGAAAAGAUGUGCUGAUGCACUGAAGAAGAAUCGUAAUCUCAUAUUAUCCGAUCAAAAGGAUUAUCAACGCGAAUUGGAGCGUAAUAAUGAACGUUUUGUAGAACGUUUGACACCUUUGAUAACAUUAACACCCACGCAGGCGCAGGGUGUAGUUAAGGCAAAUGCUGCCAAUAAUCGCAGCACACCUUUGAAAUGGUAAUUGAAGCAAAUCACUGUAUUGCAGUAAUAUUUGGCAUUUUAUUUAUUUUCUUUAAAAAGUAUUAUUUUACACUCGCUUUUACACCUUAUUAGAGAAGCUAUUUAUCCUAUGUUUAGCUUAACAACUCACCAUUUUCUCUUUUUCCUCCCAUCUCACAUUUUCUACAUGUCUGAUCGCUAUAUUAUGGAUUAUUCGAAUUCGUAUUUGUAUUGUUUUUAUUUAUUUGAUUUUAUAUAUAUCUUUUGAUUUUGUAUUUGGCUAUUAAGUGUCUCUGAUUAUUUCAAGUAAUUCAUAUAUAGUAUAUAGCUAAAAUAUAUACCAACAUCUAUGGAUCGCCCCCAAUCAAUCAAUCAAUCAAUCAUCACAAACUCCAACGGAAUGGAAACAAGUAUAUAAGGAUUUUACAAGACAACAACCCUUUUGAUAUGCAUACAUUUAACUCUGUAUUGAACAUUUUCUGCAAGGAUAUCAUUUUGUGUUUAUCUUCAUUCAAUGAAAUUCAUUGUGAAUCCUGGGAGCAAAUAUUCUAAUUUUGUCCUUUAUAAUGAAUUUUAUACUCAUCUUUUGUUUACGAAAUUUCAAAAUAUUAUUAAUAUUCGAUGCUUUUGCAGAAAAUGUUUAAUAUAUUAGUACUUAAUUUGAAAACGAGCUACAUUGUUGUUGUACUCAUAUAGCAUAGAUACCUUUUUCAUCAUCAAAUUAUUCAUUCAAAAUUUCGAAAACCAAAUAAAAAAACCAAAAAUUAGUUUGUAAAUGCAACACAAGUCAGCUUCAUCACUAAAUGUUAUUCACACAGAUUUACAUCAUCAUUCGUACAUGAUCAUCAUUCCUCAUCAUUCAAACAGACAAGAACUUCGUCUGCCAGAGUAAUUAGACACGAAAAGUUUCUUUACGAACAGCGCCUACGUGCCAAAAUUAUUGUUUCUGCGAGGGGAAGCAAGAGCUUUUGGUCAUUCGUAAAAAGAGCAAAAGGCAACACAUCGGCAAUCCCAACUUUUGUUAAAGAUGGCCAUUUAUUCGCUGAUCCGGUUGAUAAGGCUGAUCUACUGACUGAAAUGUUUGCAGAAAAUUCUAACCUACCGUUUAGCAAUCAACCGCUCCCCAUGAUUGAAAGUGUAUCUAGUUCGAUGCUUCAGAUAUUCUUUCGAACACGUGGGAUAAAAUAGGGUCCUUGUGGAUUUCGACGUGAAUAAAUCUCCAGGCCCGGAUGGUAUAUCAACACUUGUCCUUUGUAAGAGUUUUUCGUCGAUUGCAUAUCCACUACUCAACUUUUUUUAACCUUGCUUACCGUCCGGAAGCUUUCCUGCCGCGUUGGAAGGUUGCGUACGUUCAGACAAUCCCCAAAAAGAGUGAAGCGAAAACCCCUGUGAAUUGCUGGUCAUUUGGGAUAUGCUCCGCACUUGUGAGAUACUUAAAGCCCAAUGGCCUUCUUAGCGAUAAUACUAUCUAUCGCAGGAAUCGCUCUAUGGGAGACGUAAUGGCAUUUCUGUCGGAACGUUGAAGUCGCUAUAUCCACCAGUUUGGUGAGAGUAAGGUUGUGGAUCUGGAUAUCGCUAAGGCAUUUGAUAGGGUCUGGCACGGGGCACUAAAGCAAGUCGCUUUUUCAAACUUUUCAACCUUGCUAACCGCCCAACUGCGAUAUGAUCGCGCUCUCCAAGGUUAUGGAAAUAUGGUUAACCACCAUCUUGUGAGAUACUUAAAGUCCAAUGGACUUCUUAGCGAUAAUAAUAUCUAUAGCAGGAAUAGCUCUACGGGAGACUUAAUGGCCUUUCUGUCGGAACGUUGGAGUGGCUCUAUCGACCAAUUAGGUGAGAAUAAGUUAGUGGAUCUGGAUAUCGCUAAGGCAUUUGAUAGGGUCUGGUGCACUUUUAUUAAAGCAAGUCGCUUUUUGAAACUUUCAACCUUGCUAACCGCCUAACUGCGAUAUGAUCGCGCUCUCCAAGGUUAUGGAAAGUAUGGUUAACCACCAUCUUGUGAGAUACUUAAAGUUCAAUGGCCUUCUUAGCGAUAAUACUAUCUAUCGCAGGAAUCGCUCUACGGGAGACGUAAUGGUAUUUCUGUCGGAACGUUGGAGUCGCUAUAUCCACCAGUGGGGAGAAAGUAAGGUCGUGGCUCUGGACAUCGCCAAGGCAUUUGAUAGGGUCUGGCUCGGUGCACUUUGGAGUCGACAACAACUUUGUUCGAUUUACAUCGAGUUUUCUCAGAGAUCGCUCUAUGCGAGUUGUUGUAGAUGGGUUCUCAUCCGAUGAGUAUACAUUGACCGCAGGUAUGCCACAAGACUCUGUGCUUUCCCCUUCCCUUUUUCUUAUUUUAAUUGACAGUCUAUUGGGUCGGAUUUCGAAUCCUGUCCACUCAUUUGCCUAUGACAGUAGUCUGUGUCAAUCCCAUGGCAGAUGGUUGUAUGUACCGGAUUGACCCGAUGGAAUCAUUCAUCGGCAAGGGCUGCCGCCUCAGUGUACAACACACUGCUACAACAACAACAGCAGUAGUCUGGUCGCACCAAAGGUGCACUUUUAUCAAAGCUGGUCGCUUUUAGAGUCGGUAAUAACUUCGUUCGAUUUACAUCGAAUUUUCUCACUAUGCGAGAUGUUGUAGAUGGGUUCUCAUCCGAUGAGUAUACAUUGACCGUUGGUACGCCACAAUACUCUGCUCUUUCCCCUUCCCUUUUUAUUUUUAUUGACGAUCUAUUGGGUCGGACUUCGAAUCCAGUCUACUCAUUUGCCCAUGACAGUAGUCUGUGUCAUUCAAAUUCAUUCACCAAAGGCCCAGUCCUCAGGAAAUUGUGAACAGGAAGCGCAUUACGGAUGAGACGCUCUCCCAGGAUUUGAUGGCCAUUUCUGAGUGGGGUAGAAUGAACAGAGUAGACUUUAAAGCACAGAAGACGCAGCGCUGCGAUUCACUGACUCACUACAAUUGUCGAUAUCUAUCGACGGUAUAGAUAUUGAGCAGUCCGAUGCUCAUGGCAUUAAGGACAAUGUGAUGUCCGUUGGUCAAAAAUGUAUUCGAAGUUUCGAAAGAAGCAUUCAAGUGUUUUCCCAUUCUUCAGGAAGUGUUUCAACACUUUAGGUGUUCUUAAUAUCUAUACUAUCUACAUCCGGCCGAGUAUGGAGUAUAACUCGCAUAUAUGGGCAGGAGCUCCAAAGUCAUCCCUGGAGCUACUUGACCGGGUUCAACAGAGAGCGAUGGUGUUGACUGGGGACAGUAGGGUAUCCAACUCUAUUGCUUCUCUUAAACAUCGUCGGAAUGUGGGUAGCGCAUAAGAAACGAUAGAGCAGUACAACUCUAUCAUUUCUUAAGCGAUGCAAAACGUUUUUCACUUCCUCUGAUCUCAAUAUUUAUACAACCUAUAUCAGGCCUAAGAUGGAAUAUAACUCCCAUAUAGGAGGAGGGGGCUCCAAAGUCCUCCUUGGAGCUACUUGACCGGAUUUGGAGGAUAUGAUAGGGUAUCCAACUCUAUUGUUUCCCUUGAGCACCGUCGGAAUAUGGGCAGCGUGGUGCUGUUUUAUCGUAGUAUUUGGUCCGCAGAGAUACGUCUUUUUAUUUUCAAGGAACGCACCCCAGUAGGUGAUCAAUUGUCCAGUUUACCGAACCCACCAUUACCAUGAAAACUCGUUUUUUGCCCUAACAAUCUUAUGUAUAAAAAUCAAUUUGUGUUUGUCUGUUCCGUAUAGACUUAAAAACGGCUGCACCGAUUUGAAAUUUUCACAGAUGGUGCGUAAUGAUCCCGUGGUGAAAGUAGGGUACUAAAUUUUUCGAUUUCUGAAGGCCCUCCCCUUACCCUAAUUUUCAGAAACGACAGAUCUUGAAGGGUGGUGCGAUUUAAGCGCAAUUUUGUGUGAUCUCUUACAGUAACCUAAAAAAAAAAAAAUUUUGUAUACAAAUUCUGAUUGGCGUACCUAGGGGGGACGCCCCACCCUAAAAAACCUACCAAAUACAUAUAUAGACCCAUCACGACAAUAUGGGAAUCAAAUGAAAGGUAUUUAAGAUUAGAAAACAUAUCUGAUAUCCAUUUUUGGGACCUAGUGUUUGGGGGACCAAUCCAACCCUCAAAACACUUAAUUACCGACCAUGGCAAUAUAGGACUGAAAGGUAUUUGCGAGUAUAAUACAAAUCUGACAUCCAAAUGUGGGACCAAGCUUUUGGUGUCCACCCCUUCCCCAAACAGGACUUAUUUACUGACCAUUGCAAUAUGGAGCUCAAAUAAAAGGUAUUUCAGUGGAGAAUACGAAUGCGAUAUCCAAAUGAGGGACCAAGUGUUGGGGGGGGGAGGAGAUGUGGCGCGCCCGUCUGCAAAGACAACCCCCAAAGAGGACAUAUUUACGACCAUAGCAAUAUGGGGCUCAAAUGAAAGGUCUUUGGGCGUAAAGCAUGAAUCUGAUAUCAAUAUUUGGAAAAAAUGUCUAUGACGCCACCCCACCACCAUAACACCACCCAAAAAGGUCGUAUUUGCUGACCAUUGCAAUAUGGGAAGAGAGGUAUAAUUUCAGGACCAAGUCACUGAGUGGCCGCCCCAUCACCUAAAAUACUCCCUAAACCGGACAUGUUUGCAGACUAUGGGAAUAUGGGGCUCAAAUGAAAGAUUGACCACGAAUCUAAGAACAACAUUCGAGACAAACUGUCUAGGGGACGACCCACGAUGAUGAUAUAUUUUCAGGGCUAAAUGUUUGGGGGACCACUCAUGAUGCUGAUAUAUUUUCAAGGCGAAAAUAUAUCAGCAUCGAAAAUAAAUUGGCGAAGGAUAGUUUUGUGCCAUAUAAAGUAAAAGAAGGCGCUGCGGAGUGGACCCGUGUCAGCUAGUGCGAAUAUAAAAUCGACUUCUGGCAAAUGUCUUUUCCACUACUUACGACUUCGAGAAAUUUAAAACAAAUGUUAGUAAACGGUACUUCUUCUUUCCCCCCUCCGACUCUUAUUUCCCAUUCGCCAACGCAAUAGGGGACAGCCCAUGCCUGUUGAUUAAAUAUAAAAAAAAUGCCCAACAUUGCUCUUAAUCUUGUUAUUAAAUAGAACCCAGGAAGUAAAUUAAGGAUGAAGGCAAAAUAUGCUGCAAACAAACAGCAUCUAUAGUCGUACCACUACCAGCCGUUUCACUUAGGAGCUAAAGUGGCAAAUGUACCUCUGCAUAUCUGGAGAGAAGAUGCAUAUAGUCAAACAUCACUUUCAUCCAAAAUCUGUUAUUCAAACAUUUAAUCACUCUCUUCGUCCUUUCCAUCCAUUUUUUUGGCGAUUAGGACUCAAUGUGUUUUCACGAGUAAGUAGCUACAUUUAGGUGGACUUAUUUUCGAAAUCAAAGUCAUUCAUACAUAUACAACAUACAUCAUUAUAAACAUGGCUGAACACAUCGAAAAAGACCGGUGAUCGCGACAACACCGACAAUAACCUGUAUGCUUAAUUGUCCCAUUAGUGUAAUCAUAUAUUUUUGUAUACAGAACUCACGUAAACAGCAAAAUAGUUGGCAUAUAUACAUACCACAUAUAUAACUGGCAUUUUAUACUUUUUUAUAGCAUAUUUACUACACAAAGCGUACACACAGCAAUCAGUAUAUAUAUAAACGAAAUAAAUUUUGUAUGAAAAAAAAAUU